CCAGCUGCGGGGAACAUGCCUCCAGCGUCCUCCCACCGCCCGACCUGUCGUUCCUGAUCGCUGCUUCUUUUUCGUCUCCUUGUUUUACUGAAGCCAAUCGCAUUAUAAUUCCCUGCUGCAACCCGAGCCUGCUGCAGCCCCUCAUCCCUAGCUGUGUCCCCCACAGCCCCCAACACUAUGACCGGAGUGUUUGACAGCUUGGUGGCAGAUAUGCAUUCCAACCACAUGCCCUCCAGCAGUUACCACAGUCUGCACAAGUCGCAGGAAUCCCCGACACUGCCGGUAUCGACUGCCACAGACAGCAGCUACUACACCAACCAACAGCAGCAGCAGCAGCACUGCGGGGCAGGCUCUCCUUAUGGGCAGCUCGGAUCGUACCAGUUCCAUGGCGCUGCCCUCAAUGGGAUUUCUUAUUCGACCAAGUCGUACGAUCUGACUUACAGUGGCUCUUACAGCUCCUAUGGGCCCUACGGGACAAGUCCUUCCCCGCCACACAACGAUCCGGAAAAGGAAGACUGCGAGCCCGAAGUCAGGAUGGUCAAUGGAAAGCCAAAGAAAGUGCGUAAGCCCAGGACCAUCUACUCCAGUUUCCAGCUGGCGGCCCUCCAGCGGCGAUUCCAGAAAACCCAAUACCUGGCACUGCCCGAGAGAGCGGAACUGGCAGCGUCGCUAGGCCUGACCCAGACACAGGUGAAGAUUUGGUUCCAGAACCGUCGUUCUAAAUUCAAGAAGAUGUGGAAGAGCGGAGAGAUCCCAUCGGAUCAGCUCCCUGUAGGGAGCGAAUCUCCUACCUGUAACUCCCCUCCUGCCACAACUGCCACCUGGGACUUCGGACCGCACCAGCGGUUGCAGGGAGCAGCUUCUGGGUCUGCCCUUCAAAGCUCCAAUUCUGCCUCCAGCCCCAGCCCUUUUCUGGGCAACUACUCCUGGUAUCAAACUUCCAACCCUGCCCCCCACCUCCAGUCCAACCCGUUACUGCAACAGCACCAUCUCCAUCAUCAUCCACCGGCUCCAGUCUCUGCAGGGACUAUCUUCUAGAAAACUGCCCCCUCCCUAUACCCACAUGAGGGGUAACAGGAACUGUUAAACUGGAAGAAAUACCCCCAACACUAGGACAGGUGGUCUUUUCGUGUCACUGAUCACAAGGGCCGUUGGGGAAACCUCAGUAUCAGGAAUCCCACUGGUGAUCUGAUGAAUCCCUUUAUCCAACAAGUCUCAGGAUACCCAUGAAACCAAAGGGUAUCACUGUUAUGUUUUAUUCCCGUACUGUCUGUGAAAUGCAUGAUUUCCUCGCAGAAAAUUAAGGACAUUUUUGGUUAAGAUCAUUCUAAAUAAUUAUGAUGUAGUUUUACUGCAAAAUUGCGAAAAAAAACAAAACUAUAAAACGUGCAUUGGUGAAAUGGAAAGAGAAUUAAAUACUGCACGGAGCUUUAAUUCAGUCCUUAAUAAUAUAAUACACGCAAACAUUCUUAUAUUAAUUGGAUACAUAAGGGAAAGUAAUUAUAUUGCAUUAUUGACACUAGGGAAACGAAAUACUACGAAUUUUAAAUCAACUGGGCAACAUAAACCAUAAAUAAACGAAUAUACACGGAGGUUGCAGAUUUUUUGAACACGGAGAAAUUUGGCAUCUUCAUAGGAAUCUGUAAAUGACAGUUAUUCAGUGAAGGGCGAAAUAAUUUAAAAUGUAGUACAUAAAAACAAAUGUAUUUACUAAGCUAAAUUUACACCCGUGUCCGCACCUCAUGCCCAUGAUUUAAUUAUACCAAAAUUCUACACCACUACAAAGAAUUUGUAUCUGUUUUAUUCGCUGGAGGAAGGCUAAAAUAGCGACAGUGUCAUUAAACGGUUGAAAAUUAAUCUUUGAAGGGAAAAAGAAUGUAUUAUGGUUCCAAAAUUUAAUUUGAUUUUACCGUGUUCUCAGAUCUAGUAAAUAUUUGUUUACCUUAGGAAUCAUCAAAUCACCAGUGCUGUUUAUUUUUUGUUGCUGUUAAGAAAUAGGUGCCUUUUCGGAUGACCUCAUUUUCGAUGUUGACAGAAGAUUUUUAUAUGUAGAUAUAAGAAAGGACGUGUUUAAAUUAUCUUUUUUAAUUAAAAAAAAAUAAUGCAGAAACUUACUCUUUCUGCACGGUAUGUUUGUAAAUGAUGUCGUUUAUGUACAGUUUUGGGUUCGUUUGUAUUGCUGGAAAAAAAAACUAUGACAUUUUAAAAACCCAUAAAAUCAGUUUGUCAGACAUUCCUUCUAUAUUCUGUGAAAUUUCCAAUUUCUUUCGUUUCCCACAGAAUUACUGAACCUGCUGAUUGCCUUCUUUGUGACUUUUUUCAUGAAUCAAGUUUCUUUUCAUAAACCAAUGCUGUUUGAUUAUUUAUUUAGGGUCUAUACCCCUUUUUGAUGUCAUAGUUGUUUCUUUGGGAUUUUUUUUGUACAUUUUUGUUAUGAAAAACUCUAUUUAUAAUAAAAUAUUGUUCCAGA